AGUCUGCUUCCUGCCCGCACCCCGCGGCCCCGCCCGCGCGCCGGUGUCGCGGGCGCUCGGUGGACGGCGGAUGGCGGCGUCCGCCCCGCAUCCUCAAGCGAGCCAUCGGGCCGCGUCGCCCGCCUCUGCGCCUGCGGCAGACCCGGCGUGCGGUCGGGGAGGCGUGCUCCACCGCGGUCCGCUAAGCUGGUUUGGCUCUCCCUGCGGUUCCUCUACGGUCGUGUGACCGUGUCUGGGUUAUCUACGCUCCUGCCGGGCCUCGGUUUCUCCAUCCGUACAAUGGCUGUGUAGAAAACGACGAUCUCUCUGGCCUGUUCCAAGGACUCGGUGCGAGGAUACCAGAAUGUCGAGUAUGGCCCCUGGUCGGUUAAGUCUGAUGGGAAGGAUGGUGCGGCUUUCUCCACAGAGUCACAGGUUUGAUCCAGCAGUCGGAUAGAAGUCUCUCCAGCCGACCGGCAUCCUCCUGCACUGUUCCGGAGCAGUUGGGAAUUCAUGGCAGCACCGCUACAUUCCCACUAGGUGGCGCUGUCACAAAGGACAACGCCGUCUGAGGUUCCUGAACCCCAGAGCUGCAAAAGGCAGGUGCCAGCCUCUUCGAGCCUGAUGCAUUUGAGCCAGUUCAGCCUGUGACCUUUUGGCCCUUCUGCCGCUGCCACCUUUACCUCUGUUGAAGCUGACUGUACCUUGCUUGGUUCUGGGCUGUUCAUUCCCUCAGUGAUGUUAGCAGAAGGCGUCCCUUGGCCGAGUUCAACUUCGGAUUUUUAAAGAAAUUCCAUGUUGUUAUUUUAUUUUUGAAGGGGGAGGACUGGUUUACUUGUGAUGUGAGCAUCACGAUCAUUUGGCUACAUACCGUCUUCGUGCACGUGCUCACAAGCGGGAAGCAUAAAAUGAUGGGUUAGGCCAAACCUAGCAGUUGUUUCCCAGCAGUCUAGGAGGGUCGAAAGUUCAAGGCCUACUUAAUGAGCUUCUGUCUGGGCCACAGGUUUUGGCUACCGACACAGAGGAGCGGCUAGUGGAGCACCUCCUGGAUCCCUCCCGCUACAACAAGCUGAUCCGUCCAGCCACGAACGGCUCGGAGCUGGUCACUGUUCAGCUCAUGGUGUCCCUGGCCCAGCUUAUCAGUGUGCAUGAACGGGAGCAGAUCAUGACCACCAAUGUCUGGCUAACCCAGGAGUGGGAAGAUUAUCGCCUCACCUGGAAACCUGAGGACUUCGACAAUAUGAAGAAAGUCCGGCUCCCUUCCAAACACAUCUGGCUCCCAGAUGUGGUCCUAUACAACAAUGCUGACGGCAUGUACGAGGUGUCCUUCUACUCCAAUGCGGUGGUCUCCUAUGAUGGCAGCAUCUUUUGGCUACCACCAGCCAUCUACAAAAGUGCGUGCAAGAUUGAGGUGAAGCACUUCCCAUUUGACCAGCAGAAUUGCACGAUGAAGUUCCGCUCAUGGACCUACGACCGCACAGAGAUCGACCUGGUCCUCAAAAGUGACGUGGCCAGCCUGGAUGACUUCACACCCAGUGGGGAGUGGGACAUCAUUGCGCUGCCAGGCCGGCGCAAUGAGAACCCAGACGACUCCACCUAUGUGGACAUCACCUAUGACUUCAUCAUUCGUCGCAAGCCGCUCUUCUACACAAUCAACCUCAUCAUCCCCUGCGUGCUCAUCACCUCACUGGCCAUCCUGGUCUUCUACUUGCCCUCGGACUGUGGUGAGAAGAUGACACUUUGCAUCUCUGUGCUGCUGGCGCUCACGGUAUUCCUGCUGCUCAUCUCCAAGAUUGUGCCUCCCACCUCCCUCGAUGUUCCGCUGGUGGGAAAGUACCUCAUGUUCACCAUGGUGCUUGUCACCUUCUCCAUCGUCACUAGUGUGUGUGUGCUCAAUGUACACCACCGCUCGCCCACCACGCACACCAUGGCUCCCUGGGUCAAGGUGAUCUUCCUGGAGAAAUUGCCCACCUUGCUCUUCCUGCAGCAGCCACGCCACCGCUGUGCCCGUCAGCGCCUGCGCCUGAGGAGGCGCCAGCGGGAACGCGAAGGUGCAGGCGCGGUCUUCUUCCGUGAGGGCCCUGCCGCUGACCCAUGCACCUGCUUUGUCAACCCCACGUCAGUGAAGGGCUUGGCUGGGGCUUUUGGGGCUGAGCCCACGCCUGCAGCUGGCCCGGGGCACUCGGCGGGGCCUUGCAGCUGCGGCCUCCGAGAGGCAGUGGAUGGUGUACGCUUCAUUGCAGACCACAUGCGAAGUGAGGAUGACGACCAGAGCGUGAGGGAGGACUGGAAAUAUGUUGCCAUGGUGAUCGACCGCCUGUUCCUCUGGAUCUUUGUCUUUGUCUGUGUCUUUGGCACCAUCGGCAUGUUCCUGCAGCCUCUCUUCCAGAACUAUACUGCCACUACCUUCCUCCACCCUGACCACUCAGCUCCCAGCUCCAAGUGAGGCCUCACUCGUCUGCAGCUCUUCCUCGUGACCCCUGGGGUUCAAUAGUACUGGGUGGAAGAUGGCUCCAUCCCCACUCCUCUGAAGACCUGUUUCACAUACCCACUCACGUAGCCCUGCAGCCUGGAGGCUGUGCCAACUGCUCUCCUUCCCCUCCUGAGCUAAUCCAGGCAGUAGUGAUAAUAGUGGGAGCCAAGGCUGGUAAGUAGAAGUCAGAGGAGGAGGGGCCAAGAAAGGGACAGAGUUAUUUAUGGCCUCCAAGUCAUGGGAGAAGAGGAGGUGAGAAGAGGGGUUCAGAUCCUCCAGCCAGGCUGACAGUGGAGACUGCUGAGAUAGAUGUGGGGGAGUGCGGCCAAGAGUUGGCACCCGGCCACUUAUGUGGACAGCAGCUGGUCUGGAAGGAUCGCAGUUUCAGGGGGUCCUUCUGAGAGCUUCCCGGGGAGCUUCAGCUUAGGCUCUCCAGAGCCCAGCUCCAAGGCUACGGACUGCUGGACAGACACAAGAACACUGUGAAGUGAACGGCCCCUCGGAGCACUUCCCAGCCAUCAGGGGUGCUCCUGGGCAUCUCUGCUUGGUGGCAGGAGGGACCUCCUUUUACUAGAACAAGAAAUUGCCUAUAGAAGGCCUCCCUCUCCAAACUUCCAGCCCCAGAGAAAGCACCCUGGCAUCAGAAGCAGCAUCUGGAAAGAUGGUGCACCUCUGGAGGGCAGAACCACUGCAGGCUCCAGGCUCAGAGACCCCACCAGCUGCUGCUGUGCCCACCUUGACUAAAGUAACUGGCUGUCAACUACCUCCUGUAACUGGCUGUUGUGCAAAUUAGUCACAGGGCUGGCAAGGUCAGUGAGCAGUUUGUCCAACGCUUCUCCGUGUACUGUUGAACAUAUCAGGCAAACAUGCCCAUCUUAGAACUUGCUUUCAGCAUCUGUACAGUGGGAACCGAGGUUGGCAGGGCUGUGAUGGGUGGGAAGGACCCGUGCGGGUAAAGGAUCCUGAGGAAAUGCUGUCCCUCCCAUUGGGUGUAAUCUUUUGAAGAAGAGACUUCAACAAGGGAGGGGAGGUAAGAGGCCAUCAUGUGUCAGAGCAAUGUGAGCCCUAAAAGAUACUAGGAGGCUUUGGGGGAAACUCAGUCCCUGCCACUUUGUGGCUUUCUGUCUCUACCCUGGGAGACUCUUGCCUCCUCCAUGAAGCUGUCUCUGAAGAGAAUCAGGUAACUGGUUUGUUGAGCCUGCAUGGGAAUCUGGGACAGGGUGGCCUGGGAGUGGCAGUGAAGAAGGGAGUUGGGGAUUCCCAUCAGUGACCAAGCUCCAGCAAGCUGGCGACCGCCUUGGCCUGGAAACAUGGCCCAUAGACUCCCUGCCACUGUGGAGACCUGCCAGUCUGGAGCAGCUGGUGCCAAGGGCGAGGAAAGCCAAAACAAACAGAACACAGGACCCUCCAGAGUUUUCUUUUGUUGUUGUUGUUUUUGGGUUGGAGAUUAAAUGGAAAAGAAGGACUUCCUUGUAAGGAACAAGAACAAUGAGGGACUGGGCACUGUUCCUAUCCUCUGGGACUCUGCCUUUGACAGUCCUGAGGGAAGCAAGCUCCAGAGAGACCAGGAGCAGCAGCAGAACAUGUCUUCAGAGAGCCUGGUACCUGCUCCCUGCCAGUCACCUUGGCCUCCUGGGGAGGAAAGCCAAGGCCUUUAGAGCUGCCUGAACUGUCCCCCAAGCAGAGUGACACGGUCCCUGUCUAUUGUCACCCUCUGCUUCCAGGCAGAAAUGGCUGUUGAGCCCCUCUUACGUUGGCCAGCUUCCCACUCACCAAACCUAACUGGACAGAACAAUGGUCACUUUGUAGUAAUUAUCCCAUCAUGUCUAAGAAGUCAGUCAGUGUGCUGGUCAUGUGCUUCCCAAAGGACUAAAACUUUGGAAACUGGUAGGUUCCUCACCCACCCGCAUCCAGUACACUCAUCUCUAUGCCAUCUUGGCAGCCCCUGUCUCCACUCUCAGAGUAUGUGCAGUGGUCCACAUCACUUUCCCUAAACCUACAUCCCCACUCCUGCUGCCCACCCCUGUAGCUGGACUCAUUCCUCUUAAAAUUGUUUCUAAAUAUUGCCUUGUUACUUUGUUCUGUUUGGGGAGAAGGGCGCUAACCCUUACAGACAAGACUGACACAAGAGAAGGGGAGAACACUAGAGAACCCCCACUCGGGGCGAGGCACUGAAAAGCCAGAACAGACGGGAGUGGCAGCACGUCCUGCCAGCCAGUGUUAUGUCCCAUUUACCAGAAGCAAAAGAAAUGGCCUGGAGGCUGAGCCGAGGGGCCCUCUGGGGAAGACCCUGUAAGGAAGCAGGGGGUAGGGUGGGCUUGGGCGUCCUCUCCAGCCCUGGCUGGCUGCCGUCCCCCCCCACCCCACCCCCGCAGCUCUGGCUCUUCACCUCUGCCCAAAUCCUGGGAUCAGAGUGAAACUGUGGCUGGCCUCUCUGCCUUCAGCUUAGUCUUCAGAAAACUGUUUCCUACCUUCAAGGCUGGGAGCCAGGGAUCCUGUGUAUGCCAAGCAGUACUGCACCCUGAGCUACAUCCUCAGAGACUGGAAUACUCCCAUUUCCCUGGAGGCGGGCCCAGUGGCUGAGGACAGAGAUAUUUGAGACUCUAGGACAGCAGGAGCUGUCACCCCGAACUGCCUUUAAAACUGCUCAAUUCCCGGAGUCCUGCAUCGAAACAGGUGAUAAAC